AUGUCAAUCGGCGUAGCAAUCAUCGGCAGCGGUAUCUUCGUGAAGGAGCACCACUUGCCCGCCGUCCAGCUCGCUGACCACCUCACGCUGAAGGCUAUCUAUUCGCGUUCCCUCAAAUCCGCACAAGAACUAGGUGUCAAAGUUGACCUCUACUCUGAUGAUUCUGGCGCUGGAAAAACAUACCAUGACUUGCUGCUCGACGACUCCAUUGCCGCCGUCAUAAUUGCUCUGCCCAUCCUCAAACAACCUGAAUACAUCGAAGCCGCACUCGCUGCAGGCAAGCACGUACUUUCCGAAAAGCCAAUCGCCAAGGAUCUCAAGGAGGCUCAGCGUUUGAUUGAGUAUUCGAAAAGUGACAAAGUAAAGAGCGGUGCAACCUGGAGCGUUGCAGAGAACUAUCGAUACUUAGGGAGCUUUGUGUAUGCAAGACAGGAGGUACAGAAGUUAGGACGCAUCUUGGGGUUUACAGUCAAGAGCUUUGGCAACGUGGGUGCUGGCGACAAGUAUUUUGAGACGCCGUGGCGUCAACAUCCUGGAUAUCAAGGAGGUUUCAUUCUCGAUGGUGGUGUCCACUUUGUUGCUGCAACCAGGUUGCUCUUGGGAGAGGAGGCCAAACCCGUUGCUCUGACUGCUUAUUCGACGCUUCUCCGAGAACACCUUCCUCCAGUCGACACCAUCAACUCUAUCUGGCUAACCAAGUCUGGCAUCUCUGGCACCUUCUCAGUUUCCUUCGGCACUACACUCUUUGGUAGUGACUAUUCGAUUGCAUGCGAGAAAGGCAGUGUGUCGGUUUUAGGAAGUAAAGUAAUUGUCAGACAGGGCGAAGAGAAGGACGGUAAAUUUUCCGAGGUUGACUUCAAGAAAAAAGGCCAAGGGAAUGGAGUUGAACAGGAGGAUGCUGCUUGGGGCGAGGCACUUACCAAGGGUCACACCCUCCCGAACCAAUCUCCCGAGGAAGCUCUUGCGGACUUGGAGAUCCUCGAGAAGAUUUUGAGGAGCGGAGAGGCACAGGGCAAGUCAGAAACGUUGCAGUUUCAGAUCUAG